AUGGAGGAAAUUGAACUCUGCUUUCCAAAACUCCUUAAUGUCUCCUGCAGGAGGCAAAGGCAUCCUCACUUUGAGGUCAUGCUGACUUACAUUCUGCUGUCUUCAAUUUCUCUCUUCACUGUGAUUCUUAACCUGCUUGUCAUCAUCUCCAUCUCACACUUCAGGCAGCUCCACACCCCCACCAACCUCCUCCUCCUCUCUCUGGCUGCCUCUGAUUUCUGCAUAGGUCUCGUCAUGUUCUUUCAAAUUAUGCUCAUAGAUGGCUGCUGGUUUCUCGGUGACAUCAUGUGUACUCUGUAUCAAUACCUAGCAUAUGUUAUUACCUCUGCCUCAAUAGGAACCAUGGUGAUCAUAUCUAUUGAUCGCUACAUAGCUAUUUGUUACCCUCUGCAUUACUCCACCAAAAUCACACAAAAAGAGAUAAAAAUCAUUGUGUGUAUUUGUUGGAUCUGUUCUGUGAUCUUUCAGAGUCUCAUUCUGAUGGAUAACCUCAAACAACCAGGAAGGUUUAACUCCUGUAUCGGAGAGUGUGUCUUUGUCAUCAAUUACAUUGCUGGAAUUGCUGAUCUAAUUUUUUCCUUCAUUCUUCCCAUCACUGUGAUUGUAGUUCUGUAUCUGAGAGUAUUUGUGGUGGCUGUUUCUCAGACUCGUGCCAUGAGGUCUCAACUUGCAGUCACUCACCAGCAGUCGGUCACAGUAACUACUAAAAAGUCUGAGCUGAAAGCAGCCAGGACUCUUGGUGUUGUUGUAGUUGUGUUUCUCAUAUGUAUGUGUCCAUAUUACUGUGUAGCUCUCACAGUCCAAAACAAUGCACUGAGUGCUUCUUCUGCUGCUUUUGUCAUAUAUUUGUUCUUUUUUAACUCCUGUCUUAAUCCGAUUAUAUACGUCUUUUUUUACCCCUGGUUCAGAAAAUCCAUAAAGAUCAUUGUUACUCUUCAGAUACUGCAGCCUGACUCUUGUAAGGCCAACAUGCUUUAG